GUGGGGCAGGAAAGGAGGGCCCGGGGCGGCCGGUUCCUGGGGAGGGACAGCCACAUGAUCCGCAUCCCACAUGACACAGAGAGAGACUGGUGGCAGCAGCCGGCCCUGCGAAACGUCAUUUUUUCCCUCCGUCAAGGAAGAGGGGUGGAAUACCCCAUGCCUCCCCCUUAACCAGAUUUACAAAUAUCCGGGCAGAGGCAGCUGCAGAUGUGACUACACUCCGUGGUUUCCAGUAUGAUUGGCACCUUCCCAGGGGUGCCUUCACUUGGGAUUACAAACAGAGAAAGGACAAGACCGGUGCUUCUGGGAUUAUGCUUUGGAGCAGCCUGAGCAGAAGAGUUGGCCAUGUUUCCCCACAGCAUGGAUAACAGCAGCGGUCCUUCUGUUCUCCCUACCUUAUUGCUCCCGCAGCAGAACAAGAGCUACCCCAAAACCUCCAUCCCUCCUGCUGGCUGCGAGAUGGCGGAGUCACCCAUAGGACCCAGCGCAAGCAGGAACCACACGGUCUUGCAGUAUGAGCUGAGGCCAGGGGAAAUUGCAGCAGCCAGCAUGGUUUUGGGAGUGUUGUGGCUGGUUUCUGUCUUUGGAAACUCCCUCGUUUGCUUAGUGAUCCACAGGAGCAGGAGGACACAAUCCACCACCAACUAUUUUGUUGUCUCCAUGGCUUGUGCAGACCUUCUCAUCAGUGUUGCAAGCGUGCCCUUCGUGCUGCUCCAGUUUAUCUGGGGCAGGUGGGCGCUGGGGAACGUGAUGUGCAAGCUGGUAAGGUACGUACAGUACCUCACCCCCGGAGUCCAGAUCUACGUGCUCCUCUCGAUAUGCGUGGAUCGAUUCUACACUAUCGUCUACCCCUUGAGCUUCAAAGUGUCCAGGGAGAAAGCCAAGAAAAUGAUUCUGGCCUCUUGGCUGUUUGACGCUGUCUUUGCAUCACCGGCUUUCUUCUUCUAUGGCUCCAACAGUGACGACCACUGCAACUUUUUUCUCCCCAGUUCUUGGGAAGGAGCCGUCUACAGUAUCAUCCACCUCUUGGUGGUGUUUUUGAUCCCCUCCAUGCUCAUUAUCCUCUUCUAUCAGAAAGUCAUCAAGUACAUUUGGAGAAUAGGCACCGAUGGCAUGACUGUCAGGAGGACAAUGAACAUCGUCCCAAGAACAAAGGUGAAAACCAUCAAGAUGUUCUUAAUGUUAAACUCCGUGUUUCUCCUGUCCUGGCUCCCUUUUUACGUGGUACAACUGUGGCACCCGCAGGAAACAGACUACAGAAAGAGCUCCUUGGUUUUCCUGGCCAUCACCUGGAUCUCUUUCAGUUCUUCAGCCUCUAAGCCAACCCUCUACUCUGUGUACAAUGCAAACUUCAGAAGAGGGAUGAAAGAAACGUGUUGCAUGUCCGCCAUGAAAUGCUACAGAAGCAACGCAUACACCAUCACCACCAGUUCCAGGAUAGCCAAAAAAAAUCACGUUGGGAUUGCAGAAAUCCCAGCUCCGGCCAAAACUGUCACCAAAGACUCCAUCUAUGAUGCUUUUAACAGAGAAGCAAAGGAAAAAAAGCUUGCCUGGCCUAUUCAGUCUAAUCCCCCAAAUACAUUUGUCUAGUUGGCUUCAUUGCUUUGAAAAAUUACGAUGUACCCCCUGAACAAGGAGCUUUCUCUGGGUUUUGAACCAAUGUACAUAUACAUGUUUUUAACACAACUUUUAGGGAAGAAAAGAAGAUGUUUUAUUUUA